AAAAUACAUGUGUGUGACGUCUGUGACAGAACUGUGUAUAUAUAAUGCAGAAACCUGAUGUGAGGCACAAUUUAAUUUUCAUAUGCUGGCGAAAAUAUUACGGUGAAUUUUGCUUUACUGCACAUGAAUGCUGUAGAAGGGUAGAACAGAACAGACUGAACUGAAUCAGAUCUUGUGUGGAAGCAAGUACAUCUUUCCUAAAAGAUCUUCAGGUCAAAAUGUCUCAAACAGAUGCGCCAAAUGUGCCUUUACAUGAGAUAGAAAAACAACUGCUUGAGUAUUUAGGAACUUUGAAAGCUGUACAAGAAGCUGAAGAGGAGAUUGAAAAAGAAUAUUCCAUUAACAAAGAUGACACAGGGUUAUGGCCAGUAGAUGACAUAAAAAAAAAUUGGGGUAAAAUACAGAUGGAGAUGGAUCGGCCAGAUGAAGAUCGAAGAAGAGCAGACUGGUCUAUCGUGAUAAUUCUGCAAAUGUUGCUACAACGAAUCCAGUAUGAUGCAUCUAAAACUCAGUCUGAGCUCAAAGAGGAUUUAACUGGAAAUUUUUUUGAUCCUCCAGCAGAAACACAAGAUCACUGGAAGCACAGUAAAAUAAAUAUAUCAGAAGAGACUAAACCCAGGAAGGGCACAAAAACGGAUUCAGAAAAUUUAGAAAAGGACAAUGCUGAAAAAAUAAAAAAAAAUACAGAUACAACAGAUAAUAAAAAGUAUGCUUCAGAAAAGCUUUCAAGCAAAAACGGUGACCCAGGUUCUCAAGGAAUCUAUAUCCCACUUACCGAAUUAAAAGCCACUAAUCUACAGCAAAAUAUAAAGAAAGAAGAAGAAAACACAAGGCUUAAACUCAUAGAUGGAAAACCCAAAUUUUCCAAUCAGGAUGAUAAUGAUAAACAGUUGUUGUUGGAGAAAAUGUCUUAUGUUUUGCAGUACAACAAUGAAACCAAUAAUGCUGCAUGGGUGUUUGAGAUACUAAGCAAAGGAACUAUAAAAGGGCCUGCUGUACAAUCAACUUAUCGUUUAGACUACUCAACUCAUAAAGAUCACAGAGCACCUGAGAGUUUGGAGGCCUAUACUGGUACAGGCUAUGAAAGAGGUCAUCUGGCUGCUGCUGCCAACCACACAUGGUGCCAGAAAGCAAGAGAUGAUACAGACCUCCUCAGCAACAUUGUACCACAGCAUGAACACCUUAACCAGGGAAAAUGGAAAAAAUUGGAGGAACUCUGUCGACUAUACGUUCAAGCCGAUUAUUCUAAAGCCUAUAUAUACACUGGUCCACUUUACCAUAUUGAAAAAGACAUUACAGAAGAGGAAAAGACAUCCAGGAGAGAGUUUAGGUCAAAGUAUGGGAAAGCUCUGCCAACUGAUUUCUUUAAGGUCAUCAUUCUGGAGAAGGAUAAUGGAGAACGUGAGCAUAAAUGCUAUGAGAUACCUAAUAAAGGAAAAGGACAAGGACGACGACAACAAAAAUGGCUACAAAAACAACAAGAAAAACAACAACAAAAGCAAGAAAAACAACAACAAAAACAACAAGAAAAACAAGAAAAACAACAAGAAAAACAACAACAACAAAAACAACAACAAAAGCAACAAGACCAACAACAACAACAAGAAAAACAACAACAAAAACAAGAAAAACAACAACAAAAGCAAGAAAAACAACAACAAAAACAACAAAAACAACAACAACAAAAACAACAACAAAAGCAACAAGACCAACAACAACAACAAGAAAAACAACAACAAAAACAACAACAAAAACAAGAAAAACUACAAGAAAAACUACAACAAAAACAAGAAAAACUACAACAAAAACUACAACAAAAACAGGAAAAACAACAAAAAAAACUCCAGCAACUAAAAAAAAAGGCAAUAAAAAACAUUGAAAAUGAACUUAGCAAUUUCAGUAAAGAUAUUCAUUACAUCGAAGAAGUCUCUGGACUGAUGUUCACAGAAAAGAAUCUAGAGAUUCUGAGAAAAAGAGAAGAAGUAAAGACAGUGAACUUCAGAGAAGAUGAUGAAGACAACAUGAGUAAUCCAACACAUGGAAUAGUUGAAACAGUUAAAAUAAUUCCCAAAGAAAGAAUUAAGUCUUCUAGAGUCUAAAGACAUCUGUGAUGAAGAAUACUCUCUAUUGAUUUCAGAUGCAGAUGUCUGUACUUCCCUCUUCAACCAAUCCAGUGGGGGAAGUUUUCCUUUAACAUCAUACAUCAUAUUUUAAAAUCACUUACUGUAGCGUCUCUAUAUUCAUGCAUUUUGGGAUGUAUUGCUUUAAUAAUCCCUUCAUGAUGAGUAUAUUUUAUACAGUAUGAUUAUUCUAGAAAUUACAUUCUCAUAGGGGCGGUUUCCCGGACAGGGAUUAGACUAGUAGUCCUAAACACUAUUCGGACGGGAUUAGUUUUCCAAACAACGUUUGAGUUUCAACGUGUUUCCCACGACGUCUGUGAUUUUAUGUACCGAUUCGGGCGGGAUUAAAAUUCUCAGGUUAUUCCAGAGAUGGGAGUAUCUGUUUCAUGCAUUUGAAACCACUUUGAUUACCACUUUUUCCAUCUCCGAUCCG